AUGGGGUUGUUCACGCACACCAUGGCAGGUAGUGGAUUCAUUCUGAUCGGGGCAUGGGAAGCUCUCAUCUCCUCAAAUUCAAUCCAUAAUCUAGUCAGAAAUUCGAUUCCAUCUUCACCUCUCACAUCUCUUCACGCACCACCGCCGGCUUCAUCGUCGAGAACCAAGAAGAACCUAUAUUCCUUAUCUUUGACACGCUCAGAGCUAGUUGCACUGCUCUCGCUAAGACCGUCGAAUCCGCCGAAGCAAACUGAAACGGGUACUCGGUUUUUGGAAUUUUCAAACCGGGACCCCGGUUUCCUGGUUCCGGUUCCGGUUUUCCGUACUCGGGUUUCAAAUGAGUUGGGAGCUGGGAAUCCACAGGCAGCUAAAGUGGCUGUCAAGGCCAUAAUACUUGUAUCAAUUGCAGAGAUGGUUACUGUAAGCAUGAUUCUCUUCUUUUGCCGCAAUGUUUUGGGAAAUGCCUUCAGCAAAGAGAAGGAAAUUGUGGACCAUGUUGCAGAUAUGGGGCCUUGGAUUUGUCUCUCGAUUAUUAUGGAUAGUUUACAAGCUGUUUUUUCAGGAGUUGCUAGAGGAAGUGGGUUGCAGCAUAUAGGAGCCUAUGUCAAUCUUGGUGCAUAUUAUCUGGUUGGGACUCCAAUAGGUGUUGUCUUGGGUUUCGUUUUACACUUAGGAGGCAAAGGCCUUUGGAUUGGACUAGUGACAGGAUCUACUGUCCAAGCUACUCUGCUUGCUCUCAGAACCUGUUUCAACAAUUGGCAAAAGCAGGCAAUAAAAGCAAGAGAGAGGAUACUCGAGGGAGGUGAUUCUUAG